UUUACAUCAGUGCGGGUCUCAACGCUGACCCCGAAGACGCACUCACAUACCGGCUCGGGGAAUACGACAGUUUAAGUGAAGCGAGAAGAGGAUACAUUAAUCUCGGAGUUAAAAUUCAACAGACUAAAACGUCAAGAUGCCGUUCAUGAAAGGAAGAGCUCCCAUACGGCGUACGUUGAAGUAUCUCGAGUCGUCACGCCUCGUCCUCAAGGAGCGAGUCAAGGUGGUAACUGUGAACUACAACACACAUGGUAACCAUCACCAGGGUGCACGAGAAUUUGUCUUCUGGCACCUUCCACAGCUACAGUACAAGAAUCCACAAGUUCAGGUUGCCACAUUCAAAAACUUGACACCCACACCUUUUGUCCGCAUCUUCCUUGAAAAUGGAGAGGACAUUUUGGUCGACGUGGACUCUAAGUCUCGUUCAGAAAUCCACGAUCAUCUAAAGACAAUUAUCUGCAAGUCAGAGAGCACUUUGCAAAAGGAAGCCAGAGAACUUGAGAUAAACCCAGCAAACUUUGGCUGGGGAUGCGACCGUCAGUGCAUCUGUGAGAUCCCGGGCCAAGUGCCCUGCCCUGGCAUUAUCCCUUUGCCCAAUCACAUGCGAGGGAAAUACAAGUUUGGUGAGAUUUUUGACUAAUGGUGAAUUUGCUAUAUGUAUAUUCUGUAAAUGGUGGAAAAGUAUUGUUGUGCAGCAAUAUAAGGCACUGUAGUUAAUUUUUUUUGUUUGUAAAAAAUAAAUGGAAAUUUAUCUUG